AUGAAACCAGGCCAGAAAUCAAAGAAGUCUUCUUGUGCAUCCACUAAGCUGAUUCUGCAAGAGAUAAUCGGUUUGACCACUAAGAACGCCAAUGGGUUAUCAUCGGUUACUUGCAGCUCGAAAUGCGUUUACUUAGCUGGAUGCGUUGCGGUGGUCUACGAUGUUGAUUCGUGUACUCAGUCGCACCUUGUCGUAUCUCACCGGAGGCCUAAGCCUUUGAGCUGUGUGGCGGUAUCGCAGAAUGGGCGGUUCGUAGCUGCUGGAGAAUCUCCGAAUCUCUCUGCAGUCUUGAUAUGGGACUGUGAGACUUUGGGACUUGUUUCGGAGCUGAAAGGCCACCUUUAUGGAUCUCAGUGUCUCUCCUUCUCACCAAAUGGGGAAUAUCUGGUGAGUGUUGGAGGAUAUAUUUACCUUUGGGACUGGCGCAGAAGCAUCUUGGUGGCGAAGGUCAAAGCGAGUUCUAAAUUCUCUGACAUUUCGUCUGUGACAUUCUCAUCCAAUGGGAAAUUCAUUGUUACUUCCGGGAACAAGCAUUUGAAGUUUUGGACAGUGAGUUCUUUUCAGAAGACACGUUCGAGUAAAGUAGGAUCUCUGGCAUUUCAUGGAAAACCAACUGAUAAUGGUUUUCAAAAAGGAAACUCAUUUGUAUCAGUGAUAUCAGCAAUCAGAGUGAACUCUAGUGGAAGUGACGAACGAGCUGAAGAAGUUAUGUCAAUAUACACCCUCACGGAUACAGGUGUUCUGAUGCUUAUUAGUAAUGAGAUGUUAAUCAAGAAGUCUGUCGAUCUCAAGGUUGAAAAAUGUUUUGCUCUAUCUGCAUCCAGUAGAUUGAUAGCCUGCGCUUGCAGCAAGGGAGCGAUCCAGCUAUUUACUCCUGAAACUCUAGAAUAUGCCUGCAUAAUACACUUUUCAGAUGCUAAAAAGAGUUGCACUGAAAACCAUUCUCAUUCAGCAGAAUUCCAAAAUAUGGAAUCUCAUCCUGCUAUCUUUCCGGACGCAGUUGCUUGCCAGUUUUCGACCACAGAUAAGCUCGUUGUCAUCUAUGGGGAUCGUAGUCUCUAUGUCUGGGAUGUGAACGAUGUAAACAAGCCUACUAGGUGCUCUAUGAUGAUAUCACAUUCUGCCGGAAUUUGGGAUAUAAAAAACCUCUCUUGUGGAAAUAUGCACAGUCCAACAGCUGCAUGUGUAGCUAGAGGAUGCUGUGAAGGGGUUUCCUUCACUACUUGUUCUGAAGAUGGAACCAUAAGGUUGUGGGAUCUUGCUCUGCAACUGGAUCCAUUACUAGAAGCCAAUGAAAGCAGCAAUUCUUCAGAAUCUGAAACUCAAGGGACUAUGCAUUUAGCUAGUGCUGGAAUUUUUGAACGUGAUCUCGUUGAGACAUGUGGUACCACAUUCGGUUUCCGAGCACUGGCAGUAAGUGAAGAUGGAAAGUACUUAGCAGCUGGUGACUGUGGAGGGAACCUUCAUAUAUAUGAUCUACAAGAAUCAGAAUAUACCUGCUUUACGGAUGCUCAUGAAGCAGACAUUAAGUCUUUGAGCUUCAGCUUUCCUAAACCGAAAGAUGUUGAUUCUGAAAAUGCCUCGAGUAGCGAUUUCUUGCUUGCUUCUGUUGGAAAGGGCCGAACAAUCCACAUUUAUGAUGUCAAAAGGAACUUUGAUCCUGUUGGGAGUGUUUGUGGUUCAGCUGCUGUAACUUCUGUUAAAUUCGCAUGCAAUGGCCGGAAAAUUUUAACUUCUGGUGCAGAUAGGUUGCAGUCGUUUGAUGUUGUCAGAAAAGCAAGUAGUGUGUGUCUUUCACCUUCUCAUCCUCAAACUCUCUCUCAUGGAACCAUUUAUGAUAUGGCUGUAGAUCCAACAUCAGGACUUGUUGUUACUGUGGGACAGGAUAAGAAGAUAAACAUAUUCGAUGUAGAAAGUGGAAAGCUAGUCAGAUCAUUUAAGCAACACAGAGACCAUGGAGAUCCCAUAAAGGUCAUUUUGGACCCAAGCUGCAGCUACUUAGUAUGCACCUACUCUAAUAGGACAAUCUGCUUUUUGGACUUUGUCACCGGAGAGUUGGUUGCUCAGGCCACAGGACAUGGUGAAGCUGUGACUGGUGUUAUUUUCCUACCUGAUUGCAAACAUAUCAUUUCAGUUGCAGGAGAUGGCUGUAUAUUUGUCUGGAAACUGCCUUUGAGAAUGGUUACUCGUAUGAUACGGGCAGUAAAUGAAAAUGGCAGAUUAGCGCCUGAAACUGUGGCUCAAGCCACAAAGUUUAUGCAAAUUGUAGUUGAUUUAGAGGAAGUAAAUCCAAAUGAUGCAUCCUGUUCUGCAAAAUGUAAGCCGGUAGAAGAAAACACAUAUCAGAUGCAGCAACGCUCACCAUGGACAUCUUCAUUUAAGUUCAGCGUUUCUCGGCUUCCUAAGUGGGCUCAGGCUAAAGUGGAAACAUCUGGUAUUGCUACCAGUUUUCAGGAUUCCAUUUCAAACGAGAAACAUGAAGAUAAAAGUCUGGCGAAUACUGUUGACAAUGCUGAAGAAUGCUCUUCUGUGAAUCUUGAAUGCCAAACUCCCAUGCAAGGUUCAAGAACCGAAAAGUCACGCCUUGGAAGCCUUUCCAAAAGCUCCAGUGAUACUGACACUUCAGUACUUCAAGGAGAUGCUCCUAUCCAUAUGAAGGAGAGCACGCGCUGGAACACUAUCUACAACGUGUGUUUGGAUCUUCUAUAUUCUCCAAACUUGCAAACAUCUUUCAUUAAACAACAGAAACCAGAAGAUUCCUGCACCAAACGUUCUACUGCGCAGGGAGAGAUCGUUAAGCAGUUUGAUAACAGUUUGUCGAUGAUAAACGAGGUGGAGGCCGAAAAGUCAGUGCAGCAAAGAAGAUAUUCUUCCCAAUUUGUUCUAAGAAGGGACUACAUCAGCGGAACCAAACAAUUUCUGCGUACGCCUUCCCAGAAAUCAGGGUACAAUACUUUGAGAUCGAUCCAAGAGCACCUCCCUCUUGAUAUAGUGAAUGAUCAAUCUUCGCAGAGAACAGAAGAACAUCCUCAACAGGACAAGACAUCUUUAGAAGUAUUCCAUGAUACACUUCAAGAAAGAAUAACUUCUUGCCGUCAAGCAAUGCACGGUUUGAACGCUGCUGCUUCGGUAUUCGUCAAGUCAAUGACGGAAUUAUCUACAGCUUCUCCUCGAGAUCGAAUCUCAGGUGAACUCAGAGCUAAGUUGUUUGAUGAAGCAGCUUUGUUGAUUCCAGAAAUGUCUCAGAAAGUUAAUGAAGUUGUUGCCAAGAUGAUGCUUGAGCAUAAAAACAGAACACAAGUGAUAGAUAAUUUGCUUCAGAAUAGUACAAAUCAGUAG